CCUGCCGCAGAAUUAAGCUCGGACAGCGGACCAUGGGGAGCAAUGGAGAACUUUUAAUACUGAGAUGUUGACUUUUUAGGAACAUUCAAGUGGGACGAGGCUCCCAGCGCGAGGAGGGCAGGGUGAUAAACAGGAAGAAAAUACACCGGAGCGGCGAGAAAACUUUAGAGACGAUCCAACAAUCUGCGGUGGAAAAUCCAGUUUGCUCCAAUUGAUUUGAAAGAUGAGCUUGCUGUCUGCCAUAGAUACGAGCGCCUCCGUGUACCAGCCAGCGCAGCUCCUCAACUGGGUCUAUCUCUCCCUGCAAGACCCCCAUCAGACCAGCGCCUUUGACGCGUUCAGACCCGAAGCCAACUCUUCCCACACGGAUCUCAGCUUCAGCAAGACUCCCGCUGCGCCGGACCUGAGCUCUUCCCUCAACUCCAACUAUCUCAACAACUUUUUCCAGCUGCAGCGCAAUGAGGCCUUGAACAACAACGUUUAUAAGAAUGUAUCCCCCUAUGGCUCCCUAAACAACAUAGUGGAUGGACUCAACUCCCUGACGGACCAUUUCUCAGACCUCUCCCUGUCUUCAGAGCCCAGGAAACCCAACAAAAGACCCCCACCCAACUACUUGUGCCACCUGUGCUUCAACAAGGGCCAUUACAUCAAAGACUGCCCUCAGGCCAGACCCAAAGGGGAAGGACUGACACCCUACCAGGGGAAGAAGAGAUGCUUCGGCGAGUACAAGUGCCCUAAGUGUAAGAGGAAGUGGAUGAGUGGCAAUUCCUGGGCCAACAUGGGGCAAGAAUGCAUCAAAUGCCACAUCAAUGUCUAUCCACACAAACAGCGACCUUUAGAGAAGCCAGACGGCCUGGAUGUGUCAGACCAGAGUAAGGAACAUCCGCAGCACCUGUGUGAGAAAUGUAAAGUCCUGGGCUACUACUGCCGCCGCGUGCAAUAAUCAUCUCCACCCAGAGCGAAAGAACUUUGGCGUCAGAAGUCAUGUUACCUGUUGACAUGCAGGUCCUCCCUUCUUUUCCACUCUGUGCUUCAAGAUGGUAGCUCUAGACCUCCCUUUUUACAUUUCUCCUAUAAGAUCAGGAUCAUUCAUCUUGCACGCUUUUCAAAAAUUAUAAAAGCAUAUAUUAGAAACUAUUACUCCAACUGUAUAUUUAACUGCAGCCAAUUAAUGUAUUGAUGAACUAGCACCAAGCAUGUAUCGUAUUGGUGUCACUGACAAUGUGUUUAGUGUCAAUACCUCACCUCGGGGUUUAUUGGCUUUGUGUUUACAAAGAUCUGCUUUCCUUUUUCUUGCCAAGUGAAGUAUGCGAUGCGAUGAACAUUUUAGUCGGGGAGCUUCUAGUGAUGCCCGGCGUCCAUUUUUAGGGGUCAGCAGCACAUCUUACUAACUGUGAAUUUACUGAGGGAUAAAGUGCCAUACAUCCCGAGCUUACAUUUCACAUAUUUAUUUCCUUUUCUUGUAGUGUGCAAUUUGAAUUUUAACUGGGACAUAUAGGAUUUUGUUCUUCUGUCUGUUGUACCACAUUGUGUUACUGCGUCCGUUUGUAUUUAGGAACUACUGUAGGUUCAGUUGUAUAGAGUCACGCCUCAGAUGCGUUUUCGCAAAAAUGUAGACAAGCGGUUUCAGCGAACCCCCCUCUGGAGUAUUUUCUUAGAUUUGAUUUACCUACGUUCAUCAGAAGCAGAUGUUGGACAGAUUACUGUAACACGGGAAAAAAGAAGGGUCAAUGGGUAGGACAAGAGUUACAGACCGAGCAUGGUCUCGUCAAAAAGAAAAGUAUUUUUUUUUUAUCAAUGAAGUCCUUGGAAUAGUUUAGUACAUAUGUAUCACCUUCAUGUCCAGGAGCUAACGGCUGAAUUGAAAGGAUUUGCAGGAGAAGUUCUGUUAAAAUGUUCUAAGCAGUCAAUAUUUUGCCCGUUUUCUUUAUCAUUGAUUAUAAAUCCAGAUUAGCUGGAUUCAGAGGCUAACAGCUACUCUGAGAGGGUCCAGACAGUGUGGUGUACCAUCCAUGAUCUUCCUGUGUAAAAAAUGUACUUAUAACCGCUACGUAUCUAUUUAUUAUGAGAGCAAAAGUGUAAAAAGUGAAUAUUCCAAUGAAUGCAUUUUUUAGAUUGCCUUUUUCUUCUAUCAGGUCAUAACUUUAUAAAACACCUAAUAUGUUCCCUCCUCAGGAUGCAGUUUGCACAGAAAGCUUAUCUGUAGAGCUCUGGCUCUGACUGUCAUUUCCUUUUUAAUGAUAACUAGCUGUUCAGUAACAUCUCUAUAAAAAAAAAAACACAUUGGUUUUUGUUGAAUUUUGAAGCAGAGAUGUUUUGGUUGCUGUUCUUAAAGUGAAAAGUUCUUUUUCUUAAAAUUUCAAAGAGACGUUGUGGGUUCACCAGUGUUUUCUCAGGCAGUGUGGAGUAGAGAGUAUUGUUAUACUCCCCUCCCCCACAUUGCGCUGUGGACUCCAAGGCCUGGGUCUGAAAAAAGGUUAAUGCACUUUUUCCUCGCUUAGAAGAACGACUAAGUUGAACAAAACAAUCUCCCAUGUCCAAAAGCUUAUAACUCUCAACUUCAAUCUAAGAGGAACAGGACAGCAAACAGGAUAGUAUCAAA